AUGGCGCAGCGCUCGGUCCGCACUGACGGACAAGAGCCAGGAUUAAGGGGACUUCGGAGCAUGGGCUCUUCAAGCGAUGUCCUGUCCCUGUCUGCCAGAUCUACGAGAAUGAGCUUGCCUCAUGCCAGCCCUCCUCCACUUUACGUAGCAGAGUCCGCAGCGGAAACUCUGCUUUAUGCAGAGUUGGAGAUUCCUGUCAAAAUCUCUCCAGGUCCGUUGGCUUCGGUGAACGGUUUCCUGGAUCAGAUUCUCUACGAUAUCCUCUCAAAAUCACACUCUACCUCGCUUGUUGCCUUAAGAGCAGCGAUUCCAGUUGUACUGAAGCAAAGAUUGGGACAGUCCGCUGUGAGAGCCGCUGACGAAGAGCUACAAGACUACUUGGACGAACAGGAACUUGCUGACCUUCAAGCAUCUGCGGGAGUAUUGGAUCCGAAGACAGAAUUCGAUGUCGACUUGGCUUGGAUGUUGACGAGGCUCCGUUGCAUGGUUUACGCAAAGCUGGGGGACUUGGAAGAAGAGGACGAAGAGGAUUUGCUUGACGAUGAAGAUCUGCGAUAUCAUGUCACCCGAGUAAAAGAGUCUCUGAGAGCCUCCGCGACUAUUACACCUGCUUCAGCAAUCUUCCUCACAACCAUCCUCGAAUUUCUAGCAGAACAAGCUCUAUGUAUUGCCGCACAACACUCGAGGAAACGACACAACAAUUUGAAGGGCCAAGCAGCUCUUCAAUCAGGCGACCCUGGUAUCCUUUUGGAGGACAUUGAUAUGUCGGGGAUUGGCAAAGAAGGGCCUCUCAUUCGCCUCUGGCGCUCCUGGAAGGGUAGCGUACGCACCACAGGGAGCAUGUCAUCUAGACCAACAACCCCCAACAUCAUGACGCCUAUUAGUCCAGAGUCGCCGACUUUCGAAUGGAAGAGCCCGUCCGGUCUACCCUUCUCAACAAUUCAGGAGGAACAUAGCCCGUCAAUCCAGCCUGCAACCUCCCCUUUGCCCGCUGAUAUACCUCUACCAAUGUCUAACAAUGAUGUGAAUGAGAUUGAGGUUCCUGGCGCGGCACGCGAUCCUGACGACCCGGAUGCUGGACAUUUGAUGCCCCGACAUACGCUGGAAAAGCGUCGACCGUCAAGUAUGUUGGUGAUGCCAGGACAUUUUCCAGGUCCACCAACGCCUACAAUUGCAGAUCAACAGGGGGAAAGGCCAUCCUGGGGCCGAACCAGAUCACAUUCUCUCCCCACACCAGCGCAAUCUCCCUCUGUGCUCAAAUUCGAUAAUACUGACAAAAGCGAUUCGACUAAGAUUGCUGCAAAUGCAUAUUCCACUAAGGGGGCUGUUCCUAAUGCUUCCGGUCAAAUCGCUGACAGCCGUGAUGAGGCUACCGCUGCACCAGAAACCGAACCAGCACCCUCCCGAACAAAUGCGAUUAGUGCAACCGUUGCAACAAUUGCAGGAGCAUUGAAUGUUGAAGCUUCUAGAGCACUUCGUAGAGAUCGAGCCAGCCAAAACGAGCUCGUAUCCCACUCUCCAGAAGCUAGGACCAGUGCUCAGGCUUCAAUAAGCACCGCCGAGGAUUUUGAACAACUUCACAUGCCUGCCAGAGCUCGGACCACGGAUACUGCGAUCUCACCGACUGACCUAGAGACCACCAUCGACUCGAUGCCUGGAAACUUCGACGUGGACGCUUCAGACGAAACAGAAGAUCAACCAAAUGAUAGAGCCAACUUGCGAGAUUCUGGUUUCGGUGUCGAUGUGCCAGAUAACGUAGAACCCGUGCACAACCACGAUGAAUCCCAGCCUGCUCCUGUCCCCACGCAAAACGGAAACCUGCCGACACCCAACCAAGUCCUGCCUGGAAGUCCUAGCACGACAGAUUUGGCAAGUAGGCGAAUGGGUAGAGUCCCUUAUCAGGCGGCUUCUCGCAACCUUGAAGCAAUCGAUGACAACCAUGGGGUAGCGAUCAUCCAGGGCACGGGCCGCUUUGGUGGACACCCCUUCCCGUCAACUACGACAGAUCAAAACACUUCCCGAUCUGCAACAACUUCUGCAUGGCCUGCUGUCGUUCCUAACAGACGGUCAUCCUCCGAGAAUCAAGCAGUCAGGCAAUCUCCAACAGAGAUGCGAUUUCCUCAACAUAUCCCUACGUAUCAGCGAGCUGACGGCAUCGAGAAAGACUCAGUCCCCCAUUAUGCUACAUCAGCCUUUGCAACCGCGGCAGGCAGUCAUUCAAGAAAUUCUAGCACAAAGGAGAGUAGACCUGGAACAUCUGGAUCUGCCAAUGCGAGACGCCAGCAUAUCCGACUACGAUCUAAUACCGAUGAUGGCAGCAAGAGGAUAACGCCUCCAGAUGAGGCGGAUCGCACAAAGAAAAGCCUCGAUGUGCUGAUUGACAGUGACGAAACACUGCAUUAUACGCUGACUCCGGAAUCGGCCAGAGCAGCUAACGAGCAGGCUUCUCGACACAAGGCCAGGAGCCAAACACGAGAACUAGCGGACUUCUUCCGAAAUACUGCCCCCCCCGACGAGGAGCCCAGUCGCCCAAGAUCAUCUCGUUCUACCAAAGACAACAUGAAUGGCCUGCGAGCCAACCCACCGGGAUCUCCGCAACCUCCUGUCCCCGUCAUCCCUUCGCAAUCCGGUGUGCAGCAAUCGACAAAUUCGCCAUCAAAGGCAAGAAAUCCGCUUGGAGAGCCGCGUGAUGCGAGGAUGACGCGAGGAACGACACGAGAUCUUGCUGAUUAUGCACGGUCCACUGGGCCAGAGCAUGACAUGCAGCUUCCGAAGGCUCUGAACGCUCGGCCCACUACGGCUCAGGGAGGAUAUGAUGUUGGGCACGCUGAGAACGGUGAAGGAAUAUCGGUAGAAAGCACCACUCCUCGCCCUUCGACAACAUCCAGCAAAGUGACAAAUAGGCUCAAACACCAGGCAAGAGAUGCACGAGCACCUCGAACAGCCGAGAGCUCCGACCUAAUCGAUUUCAUCCGAGAAGGCCCUCCACGCGCUGCGGGUGAGCACCGUAUUGACCGAAAUGUGGCACCUUUCCGAACAACAAUGGACUCGGAUGACUUGAACGCUCUUGCUCCUCCACCCGAUAUUGAUGUCAACGGUCGUAACUCAGAUGGCAGUGCCCAGGAGAGUGCGAUGACCAUCAAAUCGAUGCCAUCUUCAAUGAAUUCCCGAACUGGACUACUAGAUGCUGCAAACCGUGGCCCCAGCAAGUAUGUGAACGGAUUCGGUACAGGUGGUGCAGCUGUGUCCCGGCAACCUGUGAUUCCAGAAUCCGAUGGGAUGCCCCGUCGUACCCGGAGAAGAGUCCGUGAUCCUUAUGCUAUCGAUUUCAGCGACGACGAAGACCCAGAGGAGGAGGCCCCACGGCCACAGCGCAGAGGAGAUGAAGAAUCACUUGUUGACUUCUUGAGGAACACCGCUCCGCCCCCUGGUAUGACUACGAAGCCAAUCCUCGCUGCGAAUCCGAACCCUACUCAACCCGAUCCUUCGUCAAUGGUGAAGCGUACCGCGAGUAGCUCCAAACUCAGAGAUUACCUGCAGGGCGCGAGCAGUGGUAAAAACGGUACUAGUCCUGGGAAAGGACUUAAUAAUGCCCGAGCAGACUCUCCACACCUAACACAGGUGGGCUCCAAAAUGGACAAAUACAGACCAACCCAACCCACACACGCAGCGCACGUCGAUCGAAACCGACAAAAAAUUCGGGCUGAGCCCAGGGACCCUAUGGCGUCAAGAGGGGGUGACACUGCUGACCUUGCUGCAUACCUGAUGAAUUCAGGUCCUCCACCAGGAAGCGAGGCUCCACCACAGCCCUUCGUAACGUCCGCCGGAAAGGACCAGGCCGGGUUUAUGAAAUUUUUCUCUAGGCGCGGAAGUGUAAGGAAAUAA